AUGGAGUCAGUAGGAUUAGUAAAUAUCAUUGAACCCGAGGAGCAUGCAGAUGCAGGUUCACUUGGUGCAACAGAUCGAGUAACAUCUGAUUCAGAUACUCAUGAAGGUGUGGCUGAUCAAACAGAUAUAUCAGAUGCACCAGAUGCAACUGACCCAACAGAUACACCAGCUACAACAAUUGAUCACACAGUUGCACCAGAUAUAACUGAUCAGGAAAGUAUACGCGAUAGGGUUACUCCAACAUUUCAGGAACAGACUGCUCCAACAUCACUUCCUAUUGACUCUACAAUUCAUGUUUUGCUCACCAGUCAAAGUGUUUAUGACUACUCCUUGUUCACUAAGAAAUCUGGGAAUGAGAUUGUCAUUAUCCUAAUCCAUGUGGAUGAUUUACUGUUGACUGUAAGCAGUAUGGAGCUCAUUAAUGAAGCCAAGUCAGUAUUACAUCAGAAGUUUAAGGUGAAAGAUUUAGGUGAACUAAGAUACUGUCUGGGCAUUGAAGUCUUGAGGUCUCAGCAAGGAAUCCUCCUUAAUGAGAGGAAAUACACCAUAGUGCUCAUCUCAAAGAUAGGCUUAAGUGGAGCAAAACCUGUUAUUACACCCCUAGAACUCAAUCAGAAGCUUACUUCAUUUGAAUAUGAUAAGGGGAUUGGAAAUAAAGUAUCUGAUUCUUUGGUAGAUGUCACAUGCUACCAAAAGCCGAUAGGGAAACUCCUGUACCUUACAGUCACCAGACCAAACAUCAAUUAUGCACUACAGAUUUUGAGUCAAUCCAUGAAGACUCCAAAAGGAUCCCAUGUGGAUGCAGCCACUCAUGUAGUGAGAUAUCUCAAGCAGGCACUAGGUAUGGGAGUGAUCAUCAGAAGAGGACCAGCUGAUGCCUUGAUUGGCUUUUGUGAUUCAAACUGGGCAGCAUGUCCAAUAAGCAGAAGGCCUGUCAGUGGUUACCUUUGUUAA